GUUUUACAAGACGAUGAGACUGUCACAGUUUGACCCUAUAUUCAAUAAUUGCAUGUUAGGGGAUCAUAUAUCUUGACCCUUGGACGAUUGAGCACGACAGCCUGCAUAAACACACGAGCAUGAGAACGAAACAAUGUCGACAUAAUCCAGAUGUCUUCGACUGUCUGAUACUAGUACAUUCACCUAACCUCAUGAAAAAGACCGAAUUUUCGAGCCACGCGCUUCGCACAAUAAUGCCUCUUAAGGCGAACCUCCACGACUCUGAAGAGAUGUUGGUCAUUUCUAAGUCGAAAGCCCAGUUAAUCAAUACACUUGAUUUCUUGUCCAUCAAACCCUUCUACGCGAAUGCCGUGUUUCUCCAGGUACUGGAGGGCGACACCAAACCGUGAGUCGGCCUUUUCAAGGUCUGGUGUCCGAUGUCUGUGCGGUGAGAGCGGGAAGCUCUCCGGAUCAAAGAAGCGUACAAGUUUGAGCCCAAGGGGCGCAGGACGUUUCUCUAAUUCA